AUGGGCUCCCACAUCGACGCCGACCCGACCCAGGCGGUCGACGGUCUGGUCCGGGCCAUUCGCGACCUGACGUCGGACCCCAACUACAAGCUGGUGGCCGACGUCUUCAGCGAGUUCCUGUACGUCAAGGAGCAGAACAACAAGCUCUCCAGCUCGCACCAAGUUGUGUUAGAGGAGUACCGCAAGUUCCGGAACGAGCUCGAGGCGCAAAAGGACGAUCUCGAGCAUGAGAAGAAGGACCUCGAACUCCUCGUCCAGGAGAAAGUCCAGGAGAUUGUCCAGCUCAGCGCCGCAAGGACAAGGUUGGAAGGCGACCUCGAGGACACGCAGAAGAGGCUCGACGAGGAGAAGAAGAACGCCGCUGAGGCGGCCGCCACCGCUGCCCAGCAGUAUGCCGACCUCCAAGAGCACACGGCUAAAGAGUAUGCCGACCUCCAGGAACGCACAGCCAAGGAGUAUGCCGACCUGCAAGAGUCCACCGCCAAGGAGUAUGCAGACCUCGAGGCGGCCAAGGCGGCCGUAGAGGAGGAGAAGCGGAAGGGCGAAGAAGCUGCAGCCGCGGCUGCCGCCCAGGCCGCCGACGAGAUCGCGGCGCUCACCGAGGCCAAGACGGGCCUGGAGGAGGUCAAAGCCAGCCACGAGGCCGAGAUUGAGAUGCUCAAGGUGAACGUCGCCGACCUCGAAACCGUCAAGGCCGAUCUGGAGCAGGUCAAGGCCAGCAAUGAGGCCGAAAUCGCUUCACUGAAGGAGAGGAUUGCCGUCUUGGAGGAGGAGAAGAAGAAGCUCCAGGAAGAGCACGAGGCAGCGAGGCAAGAGAUCGCCUCCUUGAACGACACCAUCGCCCAAAAGAACGGCGAAAUCGAGGGCCUGCAGGAGACGCUGCGGGUUGCCGAGGAGCAGAUCGCCUCGCUGCAGCAGACGGUGGAGGAACGGAAUGGCGAGAUCGAAGACCUGCACGGCAAGCUCAAGGCCGAGGGCGAGCGAGCCGACAAGGCCGAGGCGCACGGUCGAGAUCUCCAGGCGCAGCUGGACGAGACGACUCAGAACCUCCACGUCACAAACGGGAAGCUCACCAACCUCGAGCAGUACCGCAUCAUUCUUCAACCCAACAACGACGAGACCUACGUCACGGUCCUGGACAAGAUCUGGACCACCAUCGUGACCCUAGUCGAGUCGACCUUCCGGCCCGACAUUGACGAAUCGAUCCUUUCGGACCCGUCGUGCUGGACCAACCUGCGCAACUCGCCGUACCUGAAGCACGCGACGCAGCUGGCGGUGCCGCUGCCGCAGUCCAACACGCCCGCUGCAAAGGGCAUGCGCAUCAGCGCCGUGCUGGCGGUGCUCUCGCGCGCCCUGCACCGCCACCUGUUUCGGCCCGUGUACCUGCUCGACGACGACGACGAGAACCUGGUGCGGUUCCUGCGGGCGCUCGAGGACGAGGACCCGACGCGCGAGGCCCACCUGCGCGCCACGCUGCUGGCCAUGAUGCCCAACCGGCAGGCCGAACAGGGCGCGAGGCGCGUCAAGACGGUGGUGCGCGAGGUGUCGUGGCUGGUGCAGCACCUGUUGGGGGCGCUGCAGUUUGAGGCGUUCUGCGUCGGGCUCGAGGCCGCGUGCCGGCUGGCGUGCGACCAGUGGAUGCGCAUCCAGCUGGCACACAUGAAGAUCGAGCCGUACUUUGGCCCGCCCUACGACGACUUUGACUGGCAGGUGCUGGAGCUGCCCGAGUUUGCCGAGGCCGCCGAGCGGGAUCGCGGGAUGCCGCACACGACGACGGACAAUCCGGACGAGGCCAUUGCCGAUGAUCGGCUUGAAUCGGUCGAGGCUGCAGAAGUGCCGUCAUCGUCGUCCCGGAACGUCGCUCCUGGCGCGGUCGCGGACGGGGCAGACAACAACAGCAGCGGCGUAUUCCACGAUGCCGCGUCGCACAAGACCGACGACGAGAUGGUGGAAGGGGAGAUUGACCCCGACGAGAUCCUUCUUGUGGUCUGGCCCAGCAUGUGCGCCGUCGAGAGCGGCGAGCUCAUGUCCAUCACGCAGGGGCUCGUCAUCUCCAAGGAGCAGGCCCGGCCGGCGCUCGAGGAGCAGCGGUCCCGGUCGAGGCUCAUCCCGAGGCCCGGGUCACGACGCGCCCGCACCAUGUCGAUGCCCGGGCAGAGCAGGGGCAGCAGUCCCCGGGGUAAGGCGGCGCAGUUCCUUGCCCAAUCGCAGGCGGCAUCCGAAGCCGCCAUGGACCUGCCAACCCCGCUGUGA